GAAGAGAGCGGCAUGUUUCCUCACUCUGCAGCUCCAGAGGACAGAUCAAUGUGAAUUCUUCCAUUCACCAUUCACUGCUUCACAGCACAUUUCCCCCCUGAAGCCACUUUUUAAUGGCUCGAGCUGAGCUCAGCAUUGGGCUCCUGCUGUUACUGGCCUGUGGCUUGUCAAAUGCACAAGGCUGGAGGAGUUGGUUUUGGGGGGACCCUGAGCAAACAACCAUCCCUCCCUCAGAAGCUCCCAGUCCUAAGGAGCAGACAGAAGAGACGGAGUGGACGACACAGCAUCUUGCCAAGCCUGAGCCCACAACCACCUCCAGCAUCCCACUUGAAAGCAGUACCCAGGAAAAGGGAACAGUGUGGACUAGCUCUACCUUGAAGAGGCCAAACUUCACGACUGCCACAAGUACCCCUGCAGUUACAUCACCUUCCCAGCUUGAAAUCAAAGAAGGAGAUAUUGCAGGAGUAGGAGCUGAGAUAUUAAAUGUAGCUGAAGGCAUCAGGAAUUUGGUUCAACUCUGGGAUGAAAAGACUACUGAGAUGACAACGACCACUGAGGCACCUGCAACCACUGAAGUACCUGCAACCACUGUGGCACCUGCACCUACUGAAGCACCUGCAACUGCUGACCUUUUGAAAGCAUCACCUACUCCAGGUACAGAGCCAGGGAGCACCCAGAAUACUACUGCCAACUCUACAGGUGAUGCUCAACUCUCGUUGGAAACUGGACAGCCAAAAGAAAUUCCCUUGGUCACUACAAAACCCACUCUUCUGUGGAACAAGACACGCGUCCUCUUAAAGAAGCCUGCCUUCCCACUUCCAGGUAGUUCUUCUUUCUCAUUUUCACCAGCUGAUAAUGUCUCUGGCACCAUGGUGGCUUUCCAAGAAUCUACACGGGCAGGGCAAGAAAGUACCACCUCCUCAGAAACAAGGGCAACCUGGGGAGCAUCCUCAGACCAGCAAGGAGUUUUGCCUGGUGCAAAUGUGUCGGAAUUGCAGGAGCCUCGGGCUAACCAUAGCAGUCGGGUGCAUGGCGGAAUUCCAUCCAAGGUGGUGGGUGCUUUAGACAACUGGCUCUUACAUUCUGUUGCAAAUCGAAACCAAUCACUCUCUAAGGGCAAUAUAGCCCAUCUCCACCUUAAAAACCACCCCUUCUUUAACUAUUCUGGGAUAGUAGUAGCUGAUGCAACUAAGAACCACUCUAGGGAUUCUGUUUCUAAUUCAAAUGCAACUAAUGAUGUGGAUUUUUCCUCUGGCAAUAACUCUGACUCUCUUGAGUUUCUACUAACCUACACUGUGCAACGUUUUAGCAAUAGUAGCACAGGGCUUCCUUCCUUCUUUCCUGGAUUGACGCCAACCGCUGGCCACUGCUUGCCCUUACCAACCAAGCUGUCAUAUUGCAACAACCUGGGCAUGAAGCAUUUCCGAGUGCCGAAUUACUUGCACCUUGGCAGUGAGGAGGAAAUUCAGGCUGCUUUGCAUGAGUGGGAGGGGCUUCUUAAAUCUCGGUGUCACCGCUACUUGGAGUGGUUUUUCUGCUUGCUACUGGUACCUGGGUGUAAUGCUUCUCUUCCAAUAACACCUCCACCAUGUCGGGGAUUUUGUGAGGCCUUGAAAGAUCUGUGCUGGACACAUUUGAAAGAGGGGCAACUUCCGAUAUCAUGCAACUCACUCCCGGAGGAGGAUGGUGUAUAUUCAUGUGUAUUUGUCAAUGUUUCAGCAGAAAACUUCAGCACAGAAGUUGGUCUCAUAGAGUUGAUUGGGGAUCCACCACCAGAACAAAUAACCAAAGUAUAUGGCCCAGACAACAGCCCCGGCUAUGUCUUUGGACAGGAUGCUAACACGGGGCAAGUGGCACGUUACCACCUUCCCAGCCCUUUUUACAGAGACUUCUCACUCUUGUUCCACGUACAGCCCACAACUGAGAAACCAGGAGUACUUUUUGCCAUCACAGAUUCCUCACAAUCAAUCAUCUAUGUUGGUGUGAAGUUAUCAGAGGUGAAAGCUGGGAAACAACAGAUCAUCUUCUAUUACACGGAGCCUGGAUCUCAGAACUCCUAUGCAGCUGCCACAUUCACAGUUCCUUCAAUGGUCAAUCGUUGGACACGCUUUGCGAUCAGUGUGGAAGAUGAAGAAGUGGUUCUUUAUGUGGACUGUGAGGAAUUUGAGCGGGUCCAUUUUGAACGCUCACCUGAUGAGAUGGAACUGGAAGAUGGCUCAGGGCUUUUUGUGGCACAAGCCGGAGGAGCUGAUCAUGAUAAAUAUCAGGGCGUAAUUGCAGAACUGAAAGUGAAAGGUGAUCCUCGAGCAGCUGAGCUCCAGUGUGAGGAAGAUGAAGAUGAUUCUGAUAUGAUGUCUGGAGAUGGUGGAAGUGGAAUUGAAGAUAAGCCACGAUUACCGGAAAAGGCAAGAGUCACUCCAGUGGUCUCAGGUCUGCCAGUGCCUCCACCUGUGACUUCUCCUCCCAUUGCCAAAAAGCCCACAGAACAAGAAGAGAAACUCCAUUUACAUACAGAUAUUGCUGAUCCAAAAGAGAAGCCACCAUCUGCUGCAGGAGUGGGAGCCAAAGGUGAGAAAGGAGAUUCUGGUGAAAAGGGGGAACGUGGUCCCAAAGGGGACUCUGGACUUGGUGGAGUUGUGUCAACAGGUGGUGCCAAAGGUGAAAAGGGAGAAAAGGGAGAUCUAGGUGUUAAGGGAAAUGCAGGCUUUGGAUAUCCAGGAUCUAAAGGUCAGAAAGGGGAGCCUGGUGCUGAAGGUUCUCCUGGUCCAACUGGGCCCCCCGGGCCUCCUGGCACCAUUGUGAAGCACUCCGAUGGCUCUGUGGUAGAACAGGUUGCUGGGCAGCCAGGACCUGCAGGCCCUCCUGGAUCCCCUGGCAAGGAUGGCUUACCUGGAAAAGAUGGAGAACCUGGAGAUCCUGGCGAAGAUGGCAAACCAGGUGAUGUUGGCCCUCAAGGAUUCCCUGGAACCCCUGGUGAACCUGGCCAAAAAGGAGAAAAGGGUGAUCCAGGCAUUGGUGCAAGAGGUCCUCCUGGGCCACCAGGACCACCUGGAUUCAGUUCCAAACUGGACAAAUUGACAUUUAUUGAUAUGGAAGGUUCUGGCUUUGGGGGCGAUUUGGAAAACCUACGAGGCCCCAGAGGACCACCUGGCCCACCAGGACCACCUGGAGUGCCUGGCCUACCAGGACAGCCUGGACGAUUUGGGACAAAUGGGACUGACCUUCCAGGACCACCUGGACUACCUGGAGUGACAGGCAGGGAUGGUAGCCCAGGACUUCCAGGGCCUCCUGGCCCUCCUGGUCUUCCAGGAAGAGAUGGGAUCGCAGGUCAGCCAGGGUUGACUGGAGCAAGGGGUGAACCAGGUGAAAUAGGCCUCCCAGGAGCACCUGGACCAAAGGGAAAUAAUGGAGAUGUUGGGCUACCAGGAGAGCCAGGUCAAAUUGGCUUGGCAGGUCUUCCUGGGCCCAUGGGUCCCCGUGGACAGCCUGGUCCCCCUGGUCCUCCUGGCCCAGGUUUCGUGGCUGGAUUUGACGAUAUGGAGGGCUCAGGGCUACCAUUUGUUUCUGCUGUCCCUGGAGCACGUGGACCAGAAGGGCCACAGGGUCCACCAGGACUUCCAGGACCCAAGGGAGAUCCUGGCACUCUUGGUCUCCCAGGUAUCCCGGGACCGAAGGGACCUCCUGGAUUGCCAGGUCUGGAUGGGCAUCCUGGAUCAACGGGUUUACCAGGACCUAAAGGAGAAAGGGGUGACAGAGGGGACACAGGGACUAAAGGCGAACCAGGUCAAGAUGGCAUAGGACUUCCAGGUCCACCUGGGCUUCCUGGUCCCCCAGGACAAAUCAUCCACCUAUCCAGUGAUGAUACAAAUUUACCUUUGUUGCCAGGCCCAGAGGGCAAACAAGGGCAUGCUGGGUUCCCAGGGCCUGUUGGACCAAAAGGUGAUAUUGGAUCCCCAGGUUUUCCAGGCUCUCCAGGACUUAAGGGUGACAAGGGAGAACCAGGAGUGAUUAUUGGCCCUGAUGGAACAGUUAUAGCAACUACUUCAAAAGGAGAAAAGGGUGAAGGAGGCCCAAGAGGACCCAUAGGACCAUUAGGGCCACCUGGGAGGCCUGGGCAGAAAGGAGAAAUUGGCUUUCCUGGAAGACCUGGUCGCCCUGGUAUGAAUGGACUGAAAGGAGAGAAAGGUGACCCUGCUGAUCCCAGCGGAGGGUUGGGUUUAAGGGGUCCUCCAGGGAUUCCUGGCCCUCCUGGCCCACCAGGUCCUCCGGGCACCAUGGUACCUGUUUAUGACAAUAAUGCCUUUGGUGAUGUGGGCCCUCCCGGACCUCCAGGACUGCCUGGCUACCAUGGUGCUCCAGGUCAGAAAGGCGAUAAGGGUGACGUGGGCCCUCCAGGACCCCCAGGCCAGUUUCCUUAUGAUUUCAGCACAUUUGAUUCUCCCUUUUGGGGAGAAAGACCGGAGAAAGGGGAGUCUGGAGAGAAAGGUCAAAAAGGAGAGCCAGGAGGUGGAGGAUUAUUUGGACCAGGAGCCGCUGGACUUCCGGGUCACCCAGGAUACCCUGGUCCUCCGGGCCCUAAAGGGGAUAGUGUUAGGGGUCCUCCUGGCCCUCCAGGACCCCAAGGACCUCCUGGUGCAGGAUUUGAGGGUCGCCCAGGGCCUCCAGGACCCCCAGGCUCUCCUGGCCCGCCAGGCCCUCCCUCUUUCCCUGGACCCCAUAGACAAGCUAUCAGUAUCCCUGGCCCACCUGGCCCACCAGGGCCACCAGGACCUCCAGGCAGUAGCGAUGCAUCCUCUCCAUCUGGGCCGCGGAUUUUGCCAACCUAUCAGAGCAUGAUGAGCAGAUCUCAUGAAGUGCCAGAAGGGCAACUCAUUUUCAUCCGGGAUAGAGAAGAGCUCUACAUCCGUGUUCGCAAUGGUUUCAGGAAAAUCCUUCUUGAGGAAAGAAUAUCGCUCUCUGGUCCUGGGCUGGACAAUGAGGUGUAUGAUAGACUUUCCAGCGUCCACCAUUCACAUGGAGACACAGCAUCCUCUGGAUCUCAGCGCACAUUCCCGCAACAUUUGCCUGUGCAUUCACGCCGAGAGUCUAGCACUUACUCCACUGCCAAGCCGUGGAGAGGGGAUGAAGGGGCCACCAAUCAGCACCGCCUUCCCGAGCAACCUGCUAUCCAACAACCUCAUCAAGGCGCCCAUCACCAACAAGAGCCACUGAAUGCCUUCUUUCACCAACCCGAGCCUGUGCCUUCUGCUGUCCACACUCAUCAUGACUUCCAACCUGCUCUCCACCUUAUUGCUCUGAACACUCCCUUGAGUGGCAGCAUGCGGGGAAUCCGGGGAGCAGACUUCCAGUGCUUCCAGCAAGCCCGGGAGGUUGGAUUGACGGGUACUUUCAGAGCAUUCCUCUCCUCUCGCCUGCAAGACCUCUAUAGCAUCGUGCGUAGAGCCGACAGGAGCACAGUGCCCAUUGUCAAUCUCAGGGAUGAAGUGCUGUUUAAUAACUGGGAGAACCUCUUCUCAGGCUCUGAGGCUUCGUUCAGAACUGGAGUUCGGAUUCUUUCCUUUGACGGAAGGGAUGUCCUGAGAAACCCUGCAUGGCCUCAGAAGUACAUCUGGCAUGGCUCUGAUUCCAAGGGACGCCGGCUAACAGAGAGCUACUGUGAGACGUGGCGGACGGAUGACACAGUGGUGACAGGCCAGGCUUCUUCGUUGGCAUCGGGCAAGCUGCUGGAGCAGAAGAGCAGCAACUGCAAAAAUGCCUAUAUCGUCCUCUGCAUUGAAAACAGCUUCAUGACUUCUUCCAAAAAAUAAAAGCACACAUACACACACAAACACACUCGGAAGCGCUGACUGCAAGUGGAGGAUGGGAACCCCAAUGUUUCCUUUAAGGAGCGGGAAUGAGCCAUGGUCCCCUUACCCCCCAAUCAGGAUAAUGUCUCCAGCCAGCCCCGCCAAGCAGAUAAACUCGAGCAAAAAAGCCAAAGAGUGUCUUCCUAUGAUUCCCAGUGCAGCUCUGGUGCUGAAUGUUUAUGUAUUGUUUGUUUAUGUGUUCCUCUUGGCAAGGUUGCCCUGAAUACCAGUGUACAGGCUUGCUGGAGGGGAAGGGGCAGAACAGGCUUGUGAAUGCAAAGCAAUCUCCAGGCAAGAGUGCUGCACAAAAUAGCCCACCCCUCUUUUUUAACCCUUUAACUGGCUUGAAUUUCUGUUUGUUUCCCUCCCUUCCAUAACUACUACUAUGAAAAAAGAAAGCCAAGACCAAGUGGGACAUGCCAGAAUUUCUAUUUAUUUUGAGUUGACUUAACAGAAGAUGGUUUCUGGGAAGCAGAGUGCUGGGUAAUGGGGUUAAUGCUCUUUGGAGCCUGCAAAUGUGGGCACAGUCUGUGGAAGCUUCUGCAGGAAAAGGGCCCCACAGCUAGGCACUUGUGGCAGCCUUUGCCUUUAUAUUUAGGAGUGUGGUGCUCAAGGACAUAAACUAGACCCUGCUGGACAUGGCCAUAGUUAAAAGGCUUUUCUGUGUAUGCCUAGCACACAUAGCUAAAAACAAAGUGGGGUCACCAGAUUAUCCUUGGUAAUCCUUCUGAGAAUAAUCACUAUAUACAAUGUGUUUACAAGACAGCCUCCCCAACUACUCGCCGCUGCCUAACUCACAAGCUGACUUAACUGCUCAUGCAUUACUAUCUCCAUAGCCUGUUUACAAUUUCUGUGGCUGAACUGAUUCUAACCUCUGCUGAGAUAAUAGUUACACCGCACAGUUUUCUCUCUUUUCACUUCUCCCUAAUUCACUAUGUCUUAGCUUUGCAAGUGAGCCAGAGAUAGUAAAUAUUACAAACUGACAGGUGAUUUUACCAAGAUGUUUUCCGUAUGAAUCCAGGAAAGAAACUGAAAUAGUGCAAAAUUGAUGUUUUAAAAAAUCAAUGUUGAUUUUUUAAAAAUCUUUAAAAAAAUUUUUAGAGACAAUGUCACACUUUACUUGACAGUUUCCUAAUGAACGAGCAAAUAUAAAAGCUUUGCCAAAGAGUGCAACUAUUGCCACCCUGUCUUUUGACCUCACAGGAGUGACCAUACUGGAGUUGCCAAGCCCCGAGUGUUGCAUGUAGAAGGCCCUUCUGCCUUAAAAGAAUCAACGAACAGACACUGCAAAAGGUCCACAUGUGGAGAGCUGUCUGUAUGGCUUUGUUGACAGAGCCAGAUCUACUCGGAGGAAGCGGCUUACGAGCGCUCCAACUGUGAUGCUCCAUCAAGGGAUCUCUCUCAGAUUUUUAUUAAACCCUUGUCUUAAUCUGCACCAGAUCUAAAAUCUCUUAGCAACUGUUCCCAAAUCAGAAUUAGGCCCAGCCCCGUCCCAAUUGAGAAUCACCUUCCCGACUCCUACCCACCUCCAGCACUGUGGCAGGAACCACUAGGUAAUAAGCCAUUCCAAACAGCUGUAAGUUCAGCCUCUCUUCCAAAGUAUUAAAGCAAAAAGGGUGUUGUGAUUUUACGACAUGGGAACAGCUGGUAUACAAAUAAAUGACUACUGUCUUGUGCUAUACAGUAUAAAAAGGUGUGUGUACUUUUUGGGAUUGCAAAUCUCAAAUUACAAUCAUGGCAGGAGGAUUCUGGGAGCUAGAAUUCAAACAAA